AUGAGUACUCCAGUUGGAUUGAGAAAAGGUGCAUGGACUGAAGAAGAAGAUAAACUUCUCAGGAAAUGCAUUGAAAAGUAUGGAGAAGGGAAAUGGCAUCAAGUUCCUAUCAAUGCAGGGUUGAACAGAUGUAGGAAGAGUUGUAGGCUCAGGUGGUUAAACUAUCUGAAGCCAAAUAUCAAAAGAGGCGACUUUACACCGGAUGAAGAUGAUCUCAUUAUAAGGCUUCAUAAGCUUUUAGGCAACAGAUGGUCAUUGAUUUCCGGUAGACUCCUCAGAAGAACGGCCAACGAUGUGAAAAACCAUUGGAACAGUCGUCUUCAGAAGAAGGUAUUGGCUCGAGAAGAAGGGAAGAGCAAAACCCAGAAAACCACCAAAGCCACAAUCUUGAAACCUCGACCUAGGACCUUCAAAAGAAUUGCACCCUUUUCGUCGAGAGAAAACAUAACAAUCGAACCAAAUAUUUUGAUAACUGAUCAAAAUUCAGAAAAUCUAUCUCCAUCAUCAUCAUCAUCAAAACCAGUAGAAGAUGAAUGCACCCAAUGGUGGAGUAACUUGCUCGAUUAUGUCAAAAUUGAUGGAGAAACUAAGCCAAGAUCCAAUGCAAUAUCUUUAGAAUUGCAGGAAGAAGACCAUUUCUGGAAUGACUUUUCUCUUGACAAGGACAUUUGGCAACUUCUUAGUUCUGAAAAUGAUAUAGUAAUGCAGUAG